CAGGAGCCGUUUCAUCCGCUGCACAAGCAGCAAGAUCAAAAGUGAGCCUUUUCUGAUUGCUGCAUAGUGUCAAUUGGCCAAUCUCUUCUCCCAGGGAAAAAAAAAGUAAAUCAAACCUUUGAGAAGCAUUUGCUGGUUGAAGUGCUUUCUGUCUAGUGAGGGGGUCUGUGGAUUUCUAGUUUAUGAUAAAUAGGACUUUAAAAAUCAGGGACAGGAGGGCGAGUGUUCAGGUUCUGGAGCUAUGCAGCUGGAGCACUGCCUUUCUCCUUCUAUCAUGCUCUCCAAGAAAUUUCUCAAUGUGAGCAGCAGCUACCCACAUUCAGGCGGAUCUGAGCUUGUCUUGCACGAUCAUCCCAUUAUCUCGACCACUGACAACCUGGAGAGAAGUUCACCUUUGAAAAAAAUUACCAGGGGGAUGACGAAUCAGUCAGAUACAGACAAUUUUCCUGACUCCAAGGACUCACCAGGGGACGUCCAGAGAAGUAAACUCUCUCCUGUCUUGGACGGGGUCUCUGAGCUUCGUCACAGUUUCGAUGGCUCUGCUGCAGAUCGCUACCUCCUCUCUCAGUCCAGCCAGCCACAGUCUGCGGCCACUGCUCCCAGUGCCAUGUUCCCGUACCCCGGCCAGCACGGACCGGCGCACCCCGCCUUCUCCAUCGGCAGCCCCAGCCGCUACAUGGCCCACCACCCGGUCAUCACCAACGGAGCCUACAACAGCCUCCUGUCCAACUCCUCACCGCAGGGCUACCCAACCGCCGGCUACCCCUACCCACAGCAGUACGGCCACUCCUACCAAGGAGCCCCGUUCUACCAGUUCUCUUCCACACAGCCUGGGCUGGUGCCCGGCAAAGCGCAGGUGUACUUGUGCAACAGGCCCCUUUGGCUGAAAUUUCACCGGCACCAAACGGAGAUGAUCAUCACCAAACAGGGAAGGCGCAUGUUUCCUUUUUUAAGUUUUAACAUUUCUGGUCUCGAUCCCACGGCUCAUUACAAUAUUUUUGUGGAUGUGAUUUUGGCGGAUCCCAAUCACUGGAGGUUUCAAGGAGGCAAAUGGGUUCCUUGCGGCAAAGCGGACACCAAUGUGCAAGGAAAUCGGGUUUAUAUGCAUCCGGAUUCCCCCAACACGGGGGCUCACUGGAUGCGUCAAGAAAUAUCUUUCGGAAAAUUAAAACUUACAAACAACAAGGGAGCUUCAAACAACAAUGGGCAGAUGGUGGUUUUACAGUCCUUGCACAAGUACCAGCCCCGCCUGCAUGUGGUGGAAGUGAACGAGGAUGGCACGGAGGACACCAGCCAGCCCGGCCGCGUACAGACAUUCACUUUCCCCGAGACUCAGUUCAUCGCCGUCACCGCCUAUCAAAACACCGAUAUUACACAACUGAAAAUAGAUCACAACCCCUUUGCAAAAGGAUUUCGGGAUAAUUAUGAUACGAUCUACACUGGCUGCGACAUGGACCGCCUGACCCCCUCGCCCAACGACUCCCCGCGCUCGCAGAUCGUGCCCGGGGCCCGCUACGCCAUGGCCGGCUCUUUCCUGCAGGACCAGUUCGUGAGCAACUACGCCAAGGCCCGCUUCCACCCGGGCGCGGGCGCGGGCCCCGGGCCGGGCACGGACCGCAGCGUGCCGCACACCAACGGGCUGCUGUCGCCGCAGCAGGCCGAGGACCCGGGCGCGCCGUCGCCGCAGCGCUGGUUUGUGACGCCGGCCAACAACCGGCUGGACUUCGCCGCCUCGGCCUACGACACUGCCACGGACUUCGCGGGCAACGCGGCCACGCUGCUCUCCUACGCGGCGGCGGGCGUGAAGGCGCUGCCCCUGCAGGCGGCCGGCUGUACGGGCCGCCCGCUCGGCUACUACGCCGACCCGUCGGGCUGGGGCGCGCGCAGCCCCCCGCAGUACUGCGGCGCCAAGUCGGGCUCGGUGCUGCCCUGCUGGCCCAACAGCGCCGCGGCCGCCGCGCGCAUGGCCGGCGCCAACCCCUACCUGGGCGAGGAGGCCGAGGGCCUGGCCGCCGAGCGCUCGCCGCUGCCGCCCGGCGCCGCCGAGGACGCCAAGCCCAAGGACCUGUCCGACUCCAGCUGGAUCGAGACGCCCUCCUCCAUCAAGUCCAUCGACUCGAGCGACUCGGGGAUUUACGAGCAGGCCAAACGGAGGCGGAUCUCGCCCGCCGACACGCCCGUGUCCGAGAGCUCGUCUCCGCUCAAGAGCGAGGUGCUGGCCCAGCGGGACUGCGAGAAGAACUGCGCCAAGGACAUAGGCGGCUACUACGGCUUCUACUCGCACAGCUAGGCCGCCCCGGCCCCGCUCCCCGCCGCGGAACGGCCCCGACCCCGGCCAGCCCCUUGCGCCUCUCCCCCUGCUCCU